CCUCCCCCAAACUGAGGAUUGGGCAAUACCAUAAAGCCUCAGGAAAGGGGGGGGGGAAGAGAGAUAUUCAUUUCCCCCACUGAUGAGUGAGUGGGUGGGGGCUGAGUUUCCCACCACAGAUGCACCUGGGCACUGGGAGCUGAAGAGGAAAGUGAGAAUCAUAAGUGGGAAGACCUUGACUGGCGGGGAAUAGCUCCUUUUGGGAAAGAUGGGGGAUUAGGUGGCGAGAGUCCUGCGGUUCCCCCUGCUUCAGGCUCGGGUCUUCGAGCCCGGUUGUGGAGAGUCGCGCGCUGGGAGGGGGCAGCUGGGGGGCGGCGGCGGCGGCUCGCGGUGUUGUUCGCUCGCGCGUCGAGCACACGGUGGGUCCGGUGACCGGCGGUCGUCGCAGGCGGCGUUCCUUGUGGCCCGGUACCUCGGCCACUGCCCACAGCGGGUUCCACCGGGAAGCCUGACAAUCCUGGAGGCUCUAGGUGGAGUCCCUGGAGCUGAGAGGGACCGGCGGCCACCGCCGAAGCAUGAAGAAGGGGUAAGGCUAGAGCCCCUCAAGAUUCCUCGAGUGGAAAUUAAAAGGACAGCCAGAAGAGGAUGCUGAAGAUGUGAUCAGAGAAGAUGUAAUGUGUUGCAUUCUGAUAUGACUGUUCAGUAGGAACCAGAGGAUAAAGUGAACUGCCAUAGAGGUUGAUCUCAAGAUGCCAUUAGUGAAAAGAAACAUCGAUCCUAGGCACUUGUGCCACACAGCACUGCCUAGAGGAAUUAAGAAUGAACUGGAAUGUGUAACCAAUAUUUCCUUGGCAAAUAUAAUUAGACAACUAAGUAGCCUAAGUAAAUAUGCUGAAGAUAUAUUUGGAGAAUUAUUCAAUGAGGCACAUAGUUUUUCCUUCAGAGUUAACUCAUUACAAGAACGUGUGGACCGUUUAUCUGUUAGUGUUACACAGCUUGAUCCUAAAGAAGAAGAAUUGUCUUUGCAAGAUAUAACCAUGAGAAAAGCUUUCCGAAGUUCUACAGUUCAAGAUCAGCAGCUUUUCGACCGCAGGACUUUGCCUGUUCCAUUACAGGAGACGUACGAUGUUUGUGAACAGCCUCCACCGCUCAAUAUACUCACUCCUUACAGAGAUGAUGGUAAAGAAGGUUUGAAGUUUUAUACCAAUCCUUCAUAUUUCUUUGAUCUAUGGAAAGAAAAAAUGUUACAAGAUACAGAGGAUAAGAGGAAGGAAAAGAGGAAGCAGAAGCAGAAAAAUCUAGAUCGUCCUCAUGAACCAGAAAAAGUGCCAAGAGCACCUCAUGACAGGCGGAGAGAAUGGCAGAAGCUGGCCCAAGGUCCAGAGCUGGCUGAAGAUGAUGCUAAUCUCUUACAUAAGCAUAUUGAAGUUGCUAAUGGCCCAGCCUCUCAUUUUGAAACAAGACCGCAGACAUAUGUGGAUCAUAUGGAUGGAUCUUACUCGCUUUCUGCCUUGCCGUUUAGUCAGAUGAGUGAGCUUCUGACGAGAGCUGAGGAAAGGGUCUUAGUCAGACCACAUGAACCACCUCCACCUCCACCAGUGCAUGGAGCAGGAGAUGCAAAACCCAUACCCACCUGUAUCAGUUCUGCUACAGGUUUGAUAGAAAAUCGUCCUCAGUCACCAGCUACAGGCAGGACACCUGUGUUUGUGAGCGCCGCCCCACCACCUCCUCCACCACCUCUUCCAUCUGCCUUGUCAACUUCUUCAUUAAGAGCUUCAAUGACUUCGACUCCCCCCCCACCAGUACCUCCCCCACCUCCACCUCCAACCACUGCUUUGCAAGCUCCAGCAGUACCACCGCCUCCAGCUCCUCUUCAGAUUGCCCCUGGAGUUCUUCACCCAGCUCCUCCUCCAAUUGCACCUCCUCUAGUACAGCCCUCUCCACCGGUAGCUAGAGCUGCCCCAGUAUGCGAGACUGUACCAGUUCACCCACUCCCACAAGGAGAAGUCCAGGGGCUGCCUCCGCCCCCACCACCGCCUCCUCUGCCUCCACCUGGCAUUCGACCAUCAUCACCUGUCUCAGUCGCAGCUCUUGCUCAUCCUCCCUCUGGGCUACAUCCAACUCCAUCUACUGCCCCAGGUCCCCAUGUUCCAUUAAUGCCUCCAUCUCCUCCAUCACAAAUUAUACCUGCUUCUGAGCCAAAGCGUCAUCCAUCAACCCUACCUGUAAUCAGUGAUGCCAGAAGUGUACUUCUGGAAGCAAUACGAAAAGGUAUUCAGCUACGAAAAGUCGAAGAGCAGCGUGAACAGGAAGCUAAACACGAACGCAUUGAAAAUGAUGUUGCCACCAUCCUGUCCCGCCGUAUUGCUGUGGAAUACAGUGAUUCAGAAGAUGAUUCAGAAUUUGAUGAAGUAGAUUGGUUGGAGUAAGAAAAAAUGCAUUGAUAAAUAUUACAAAACCGAAUGCAAAUGUCCUUUGUGGUGCUUGUUCUUUGAAAAUGUUUGGUCAUUCCAGUGUUUUGCUUUCUUUUCCUUAAGGUAAAUAACCCUUUUCCUCCAUAAUUUUUGAUUUCUAAGAAAAAUAUUAGCAUACAUUUCAAACUAAAUGUUUUACAGUGGCUUAUCUUUUUUUAUUUUUCCCUGAAAAGGCAUCAUUUGGUCAAAUAAACCACUAAGUAUUAAGCAUGGACAGCUGUUAUUAGAGUAGCUGAUUCAGUUUUUUGAUAUAUCUUAAUUGUGCACUUUGUGAAUUUUAAUUUAAAGAGAGCAACUGAGAUUAAAAAUCUUGAGGGCAGCUGUAUCUGUUAAUGAGCCUUAUUCCAUUUCCUGACGUUUUAAAAGAAGAAACACUACCUUUAUAUGAAUACACUCAGAAAGUACAUUUAGCUUGUAGUAUUGAAUUCUCUUAAAGGAAUGCUUGAAUUUUUAAUUAUUGUUUUAUUGUUUUAAAAUACUUGCCUUAUUUGAAUGUUUAGCAGUAUCCCCUUCCUACUUAUAUAUUGUGUGGUACAAUUUUGCUUGCCUAUAAGAGUUUAAAAAUUUUCCAUGUGAAAUACUCUGACAUAAACCAUGUAACUUACAUAACUGUUAAGAAUAACAGUCUGAUUUAAUAAAUGGUUCAUUUUAAAGGUU